UAACAAAAAGAACAAAUUAUCUGAAAUAUUUUCGCUUCUUCUACCGUUCAUAAUGGGAUCCACUCGUUCCACGCGCAUUCUCGCUCAAUUGAUCCUCCAUAAAUUAGCAGUCAAGUGUAAAGAAAAAAGUUUUUGUAUUCACCUCGCCGAAGUCCUGGUACAAAAAGUAGAAAAGUCGUUGGGGGAAAAGCUUCCCGACCUUCAAAGUGAUCCUCGGCUUUGGCUCGCAGAAUUAACCAUGGAUUAUGAUAUGUCAGACUGUAUUUUGUACAUAACAAAUCCGCCCUUCGAUGAAAUCGGUACUCGUUUCAGUAGUUCCACUCAUGGACGACAAUAUAACAGAUUCAAAAAGAUUGGUCAAGCAUUUGCUGCAAGCAAAUUGGCAUCAUCCGGGGAAGUCGCACCUCCUCAAACCCGUUCCGAAGGACUCACACUCCCUCCCACGGAUGCUAACAAUUCAGGCAAGGCCGCUGGUCUGGAACUUAUAUUAGUGGCUUCUCUUCUUGGCGGGGAAAUCAAUUUCCCAGCACUGAGGCGCACCUGCGAGAAGUUUGGAUUUCAUUCUCUGGUUGUAGCCGAUGAAUCACAUUUGGCGGAGGCUAGUUCUGGCAAUUUAAGCAUCGUUAAGGUAAAGUCAGAAAACCUUGUGGAAUUUAUUCUGGCAAAGCAGGCCGAGGGUUAUAAAGCUGUUAGUUCCAAAGGAUCUGCAGGCACACCCAAAUUCGACCAUUUCGAGUUUCCAAAGAAGUGUAUACUGGUGUUGGGGCACGAAAAUAAUGGAAUACCUAUUAACGUGGCGGGAGUGCUGGACUAUGUUGUGGAGAUUCCGCAAUUCGGCUUUCUGGAUACAAAUUUUGGAGCAUCACUGCUUAUUUGGGAGUUUUUCAAACAGCAUUGUGCCUAGGCUUUUACACUUACACUUACCUGCUGCACAGUGAAGGCAGA